CACUUAACUAUUUCGCCGCUCUAUUGCCGCCGGCGCGAAGCUCCUCCUCUGGCCUCCGCCAGCCAACCCGCCGCCACUCCAUCGUUUUCACCUGUGACCCGGAAAACUUUUGAAGAAUAAACGAAGAAAAAUUUAGCCUUUUGGUGAUUUAUACUCUCUUUCCUAACCAGUGUUUCAGCUCCGGGCCAGUCGGAAGCGAGGUAAUUUCUCGUCUCUGGGUUUUCUCUGCUCACAAUGAAUGUUCUUCCUAUAAUUAUUGGUUGAUUCCGAAUUCGCUUCCAUGGUUUCAGUUAGCAAUUUUCUCUGUCUGCCAAUUGGGUUUUCCAUUUUUCUUUUGCUUAUCUUGGCUGUUUUUUUCGCCUGUAUGCGUUUCAUCUUGUGUCACCUGGAGAAAGUCACUUCCAAGUUCAUUGCUUUCUCUUUAGUUUUGAAGCUUCGCAUGCUCCUUUCUUCACGCGUGGAAUUUGAUACUGAUUCUGGGCGAAUCUGGAUGGUUAAUGAAGGUUAAUGAUUUGGUCACUGCGUUCUCAAUUUUGUGCCAUGGUGUGGUAUCGUGUAUAGUGAGGAUUAAGCAACUUUCCGGGAAGCUGAUUACUUUGUGUCUUGUACUGAAUUAGAUGUUAGCAGUGAACGUUGGUUGGCUUCAAUUCUUCCUCUUGCUAGCAGUUUUUUAGUUUUUUUGAAACAUAAUAAUAGAGUAUGUUCUGUGCUUCUUGGUGUGUCCACCUGCUCAAACGCAUUCGAACUGUCUCUCUGAACCUUAAUAGUUCGCUCAAUUUAUCGACUCAAGCAUUAUCUACGCAAUGCCAACCGUCUUUGGCACUUCCUUAUCUCAAGCCUCUCAACUCCAAGCUCUCCAGCUUCAUAAAAAGUGGCCUGGUCGAGGAAGCAGAGGAUUUGUUUGAUGAAAUGACUGACCGUAACAUUGUGACUUGGAACACCAUGAUAAACGGCUAUUUCAAGAAUGGGCAGAAGGAAAAAGCAUUCAGUUUGCUGGGUUCGAUACCCAAACCCGAUAUCUAUACAUACAACACAGUGACCUCCGGGUUGGUCCAGGGUGGUGAUCUGUUUGGUGCUAGGAAGGUCUUCGAUAAGAUGGACGCUAGAGAUAUUGUUACCUGGAACUCCAUUAUUGCUGGUUAUGUUCACAAAGGAAUCAUCGACGAGGCGAUGCAACUGUUUCAUGAAAUGCCUGUCGGGAUGAGAGGGAAAGACACAGUGUCUUGGAUAGUUAUGGUUUCUGGAUUGGCUAAGGAAGGGCGUCUUAUUGAAGCUCAUAAGCUCUAUGAGCAGAUGCCGGUUUAGGACUCUCACGCUUGCAAUUCCUUGAUUGCUGCAUAUAUCAGAAUCGGGGACCUAGACCGGGCAGAAGACUUGUUUCGCAAGUCAGAACAAAAAGACUCUGAUUCCUGGAGGCAAUUGAUAAAUGGGUUAGUCACUUGUGGAAGACUCUGUGGUGCUCUUAGCCUCUACUUGGAAUCACCUGAGAAAUGUCAUACUACGUGGAACUCGCUGCUACUGAAAUUAAUGGAGAGUGGAGCAACUAAACCAGUUCAUGCCCUCCUCGAAAAGCUUCCAUAUGGUGACAUUGUGUCGUGGACUAACAUAAUCAUCGGAUACUUCAGGGAAGGUGAAGUAGGAGCCGCAGUUAGCCUGUUUUACUCGAUGCAUCAUCUAGACGUAACGUUAUGCAAUGUGAUGAUAUGUGGACUAGGAGAGAAUGAACUUGAGGAAGAAGGCGUCAAAUUGUUCAUGAGGAUGAAAGAAUUGGGGUUGUCACCUGAUAAGGCUACUUUCACUAGCAUCUUGACAAUUUGUACGGAGUUACCAGCCUUAUGCCUUGGGGAACAAGUCUGUGUACAUGUUGUCAAGACGGGACUAAAUCAUACUAUCGAGGUAUGCAAUGCAAUGAUCACUAUGUAUGCUAGAUGUGGGAAUAUGACCUCUGCUUUGCUUUCCUUCUCCUCCAUGCCUACCCAUAAUGUAAUUUCUUGGAACUCAAUCAUCUCUGGAUUUUCCCACCAUGGCCUUGGACCACAAGCCCUCGAAAUGUUCAAACAAAUGAGAUCGAGCAAUGUGAAGCCUAACAUGUUAACCUUUAUUGCUGUUCUGUCUGCUUGUAGCCAUGCAGGAUUGGUGGAAAAGGGUAAACAUUAUUUCAAUUAUAUGAAAGACGAGUGCUUUCUGCAGCCAACAGGUGGACAUUACACCUGUAUCGUGGAUCUAUUGGGAAGGUUUGGACUGAUUGAUGAAGCUAUGAGUUUUAUAGACCGAAUGAGAGCCGAUGGGCUUGAAGUUCCCGUUAGUGUCUGGGGAGCUAUACUUGGAGCUUGUAGAGUUCACAGAAAUGUUGAAGUUGGUGCGGUUGCUGCUGAGAAUGUAUUGGCAAUUGAACCAAAUAGGUCUGGCACGUACUUGAUUUUAGCAGAGUUAUAUGCUAGCGUUGGAAGAUUGAAUGAGGCGGAGAGAGUUUUGACCCGAAUGAAGAACAAUGGAGUCAAGAAACAACCUGGAUGUAGUUGGAUUGAGAUGAACAACGGUGGAUGUGCUUUUCUCUCUGUAGAUAAGUCGCACCUUGAGUUUUGACGUGGAGGCAGGAGUGUAGCUAGCUCGGACUAAAAUCUAGUUCAACCUUGUUGGCACUCUGGGUAGUUUGUUUAUGCUUGUUCAAGCCUUACAUUGGAUUUACUGUUCAACUGCCAGAAGUGCAACAACAGAUUGAUGCAAGUCACUGCAUAUUGCGAUUAUCAGAAUGCAAAUUUGUUCAACCUCGAAACAUCAUAAUUACUUGAUACAGAUUGAAGCUGUUCCCUCUGCCUUCCUUGGGUUGUAUAGCCAUACAGAGUUUAUUAACUACUUAAUCUAUGAAGCCGAUAAAGGUCCAGUUGCAGCUUAUCAACUACUUGUUCUAUGUUUAUCAACCACCAUUGAUGCUUGGUUUAACAGCGUUGUAUUCAUCAAAAGCCCGAAGGGCUGCUGAGUAGCUACUCAUGGUUUGUUUUUCAGAUCAAGCUUGGAGAACUUGCCUUCAAAAUGCCAGCUCCUGCAGAAGCCUAUAUAUACAACCUGGAGCUGGUCAACAAAUUGGACACUUGUGCUGUUUGGUUUCUCAUGACUUCAUGUAAUUCUCAGCAAAUAUCAGAUGUGUUAAGCAUGCCGCCAGCGUUCAUCCUGAGCCAGGAUCGAACUCUCCAUGAGAUUCUUAGUUGUAUUACUUAUAGCUUCCUUGUUCGUAGACAAAGCUGAUUCGGAAUUGUCUUUCAUUUCAAGGCAUCCCAAGUAAUUCAGUCUUAUGGUUCUUCAUUAUCUGCAUAUGGCCUCUUCUUCCUAGGUGCUCAUUUUGUAUGGGCUUUUAGUUUAAUGUUUCUAUUCAGCGGUCGUGGUUAUUGGCAAGAACUUAUUGAAUCAAUCGUUUGGAGCAUACCCAGUAAAACUUAACAAGUAAA